GCCAAGGCCUCAGACAAUGGGUUGGGUUGGAGAUUCAGGUGAUGGCUCCAGUCCAAGGGUUUGCUUGAAGGGCUGGUGACAGGCUGGGUUUGAAUUUGGAGUGACUGUAGCUGGCAGUUUGGUUCUGAUUCAGGCUGGGUUCACGGGAUGGUUCUGGUUCAAUUUGGGUAAUGGUUCUGGUUCUGGUGAUGACUCCAGUUCAGUUUGGGUGUGGUUGCUGGUUUUGGUUCAGGGGAGGAUUGCGGUUCUGGUUCGGUUUGGGGUUCAGGGGAUAGUUCGGUUUGGGGGAUGUUUCCGGUUCUGGUUCAGGGAUGAUUCUGGUUCUAGGUUCCAGUUCAGGGAAUGGUUUCGCUUUGGAUUGAGGUUCAGGGGAUAGUUCCGAUUCUAGGGUCUGGUUCAGGGAUGAUUCUGGUUCUAGGUUCCAGUUCAGGGAAUGGUUUCGCUUUGGAUUGAGGUUCAGGGGAUAGUUCCGAUUCUAGGGUCUGGUUCAGGGAUGAUUCUGGUUCUAGGUUCCAGUUCAGGGAAUGGUUUCGCUUUGGCUUGAGGUUCAGGGGAUAGUUCCGAUUCUAGGGUCUGGUUCAUGGGAUGGUUCUGGGUUUUGGUCCGGACUGUGGGCCCCGGGCAGCACAGUGCUCCUAGCUCUCUCCAAUGAUGCUCAGCCCCAACCGUUGUGUUUCAGCCCUGGCGAGAAGCCAGGAUUCCUGCCCCCGAGGGAGCUGAGCAAGUACAGCCCCCUGAUCAAGAGCCACUCCAUGACCAACAUCCAGAAGGGCCGGGGGAAGGAGGACGAGCAGCACCUCCAGCAGCUGCCCGCCUCCCCACGCCAGGCCUGGGAGAGGAGGAAGGUGCAGCGCACCCAGAGUGUGCCAGCCCAGAGCAAGGCCGGACGCAGGCUGCAGAAGCAGAGCAGCAUGGAGCACGUGGUUGAGUCCCAGGGAGAAGAGAGUCACGAUGGGAGCCCUCGCCCCUCUACCUCCCGCCCACGGGAUGGCCGAGCCCACCCGGGGCGAUCCAAUCUCCGCCAAUCUGCCUCACUACCCCGGAAAUCCACGGUGCCCUGGCAGCGCCACGCUGAGGAAGCGGCCAAGGCGCAGACUGAGCUGUACGCCAUGCGGCCGCUGGAGAAGCAUGGGAAGCAAAUUGAGGAGCUGAGGAAGGAGCUGGCAGAGUCCAGGGAGAAGCAGAGGCUCUUUGAGCGCCAGCUGGAAAUGCAGGUCACCCAGAACCAGACACUGCUGGAGGAGCAGGCCAAGAGCCAGGGGCAGGAGGAGAGACUCCGGAGGCAGCUGGAGCAGCUGGAAACCCACCUGGCAAACCUCAGCACCAGGGUGGCGGCGGCAGAGGGCAGCCGGAGGAAGGACCAGGAGAAGCUGAAGGCCAACGAGGAGAGGACGAAGCGUCUGGAGCGCCGCCUGUCAGCCCUGGAGCUGGAACACGCCGAGCUGCUCUGUGCCAUCAGCCAGCGGCAGGGACUCCAGGACAAGCCACCCAACUCACUGCUGAUGCCAGCGCCACAGGACGGGGCCGAGGACUGGCAGGAGGUUUAGCCAGCUUGGUGGGCCCAGACGGCCAGCCCCUGGGCCCUGCGUGGGACGCACCCCACCCCAGCAGCUACCACCCGCUUUGGAUACCCUGCCAGCCAGACCUUGUCUCUAGAAAGUUGUCACAGACCGAAGCCCAGCAGCUCUUUCCUGGUAUGAGUCCAGCCUGGCAGGGUCCUGAGUCUGCCAGGGAUGUUGUUCCAGAUAGUGGAGUCCCAGGGAGCUGCAGGCUGCUGCUGUGAAUCCCCUGCAGCUCUCCACUCCCCAGGAGUGGUGGAGAGUGAUGGGAUUUGUGAGAGGCCCUCUCUCAGCCCAGCUGGGGUUCCCCUCCCUAUCCCUGCAUCCAAAGGGUCCCCAGGUGCUUCCUUCUGAACCCCCCCACACACACACACACACUCCCGAUGCCUUGCUGCCCCCUCCAUCGUACCCAUGCUGCCAGUAGUGGAACAUGGCCCCAACAUGCCCAAGC